AUGAGUAAUAACGGGGAGCUAGUUUAUUUAAGUUCUGAUGGAGAAGACUCGGAUUCUAUGCUUCUGGAUGCUUCCAAGCCCGUGUCAAGGGAACAAACUUGUAUCACCGAUGACUACGAAGGUGACAGUUCUGAGUUAGAACAUAAUGACUCCAAUAAUUCUAAAGUUUUCAAUCCCAUUUCUGGGAUCAAUGUAUUUAGGAUCAAUGAAAGAGAGUUGGAGUUUACGUUAAUUGGACUUAAGGAAAAACAAGGUAUCCAUAUUUCAGGUGUCUUUGAUAUUCAAAUCAUUAAAGGUGGGGUUGUCUAUAAUGGAGUACAUUACAAUGCUUCUAAGGAUAAAAUAUCAUUUUCACAUCCACUCACAGAUGCAAUUCCGGAAAUUAAAUCUUCUUUUCACGCAGGAUGGGAUGAUCCAUUAUAUUUAACAGUUAAACAAAAGAAACUCAUAGAUAUUCAGGUAUUAGAAAAUUUUGUUUGUGUACUAAAAAUAAGCUCCGUGAAUGUAGAUAGCUUAUUAGAUAUUUCAAGACUAUAUCCCGAUGCAUCAAGUCUAUGGAAACCAAAAAUUAACUCAUCAUUUAACUCAUCCUCGAGUAGUGAUACUUUCUGUAUACUAGAUAGAAUAUAUGAAGAUGAAUUUAUUUCUCAAAAUAAUCCAAUUGGUUGGCAAGAAGUAAUUGAUAAUUUAUUUGUAGCAUUCAAGAAUCAAGAAUAUGAUAUGCGAGUGAUGGUAAUUGGUGGUAAAAACUCUGGUAAAUCUACGAUAUUGAGGACAUUGUUGGAGACGUUUAUGAAUAAAACACUUCUCAAUGAAGAUGGUACGACAUUCAAGUCACAGGAAGAUAUAUUGUAUAUGGAUCUAGAUCCAGGGCAACCUGAAUAUUCUGAUCCAGAAUGUAUAUCUUUAACGCAAAUAAAUCCAACUCCCGUGUCCCGUCUAGGUCAACGUCUAGGUCAACACUGUCAUCAAAAGCUGCAACAGUUUUAUUACGGUUCCCCCUCUCCUCAGGAUGAACCAUCAUUGUAUAUGGAACAGAUUAGUGAGAUAAUGAAAUAUUUUGAGGAGCGUGAAUGUAUGGGUACCACUUUAUUAAAUCUGCCAGGGUGGAUUAAGGGGUUUGGUAUGACCAUCGUAAAUAAUGUGGUACGUCUUUUCAAACCUACUCAUGUGAUUUGUAUUGAUUCGUCGAGGUUAGAUGCGGAAUUAGAAAUACAAAAUGAAUUCACUAAUGCUUUCCAAGUGAAAUAUGAACCAAAAAUAUAUAACGUUGAUAGCAUAUUUUCGCAUAGCACCUCACCACAAAAUUCACAGCCAAAAUUUCAUGCACCACAGAUUAGGACAAUAAAGAUGCUUUUGUCACUCCAUAGACUGCAAAGCUCGAAUCCUAUGGACACGCAGUACGAUUUUACCCCGUUAUUGGCUCGUAAACCUUUACAAAUAUCAUAUGGUGAUUCAGCAGGAAUUAGAGGGAUACAAUUCUAUGAGGAAUACUCAGAUCUCAAAGGGGAUGAUAUCAAAGGUGCCUUAGAAGGAACCAUUGUUAGUUUGGGUUUGAGAAGAACAUGGAAUGAUGAUAAAAAUAAAAAUGUUCAUAAUAUUACAAGAGACGCUUAUCCAGUUAUUAAACCUAGAAUAAAAUCAGUGAAUUUAUCACAUUAUUCAUUGGCUUUGGUCCAUUCAGUAGAUAUAGAAAACCAAGUCAUCAAUCUAUAUCUCCCAAAAAUCAAUGAGGAUAAGGUGAGAGCUAAGACUAAGGAGAUAAAAAACUCUGUGAAUGAAAAUGAGGAUGAAUGGAAAUAUUCGUGGGUAAUUAUUAGAGGAAAAUCGGAUACUCCUUUUUGUGAAUUAUACCCUAAAGAAUUGAUAGGAAUGUUUAAUAAAUAUGAAACAGUCCCUUAUAUAUCCACAACUCGGAGGAAGAAAUACGAACAUGUUUGGAAGGUUCGUAAAAAUGUUCAAAGGAGAGGUCAAAGUAUGAAAUAA